GGCUGUUCCACGUGGAGCUGCUGUCAGAAAACCGGUCUCAUUCAGUUCAAACUUCUGAAGCCUUCAGCUUUAGGCGCGUUCAUAGCUAAUAGUAAUAAUUUAAAAAAAACGUAUUUGGAUUCGCCAUAUAGUGUAAGAACAUUUCAACAUGAGGAUUUGUAAGGGAACAUCAGAUAAGAGUGGCCUUGUGGCUGUAAUCUUUUUCUUGUUGGGAAUGGGAACUCUGCUUCCAUGGAACUUCUUCAUCACUGCGAUGAAUUAUUUCACUGACCGUUUGAACAACGGAACAAAUUCUACACAGACCGACACUUACAUGUUUGGUAACAUGAGUGUGCUGUUAGCUCAGCUGCCCUUGCUGCUCUUCACACUUCUCAACUCGUUUCUAUACCAGCACAUUGCAGAAAAGAUGCGCAUUGCUGGCAGCAUGGUCUUCAUAUUACUACUCUUCAUUCUCACAGCCAUUUUAGUGAAAGUUAAGAUGGACCAGGACCUCUUCUUUUCCAUUACAAUGGCGACAAUCUGGUUUAUUAACAUGUUUGGAGCUGUGCUGCAAGGUAGUCUGUUUGGUCUGGUUGGUAAACUGCCCCCGAGAUUCAGCUCCCUGUUCAUGAGUGGACAGGCAGUGGCAGGAAUCUUCUCUGGUAUUGCUAUGCUGUUAUCAAAUAUCUUUGAAACUGACUCAGAGAGUUCUGCCCUGGGAUAUUUCAUAACUCCCUGUGUCGCCACUCUGCUUACUUUAUGCUGUUACCUCGUACUUCCACAUCUGAGAUUUGCCCAACUUCAUUUGGAAAGUGCGUCUACUAAAACGCUGAAAGAUCGAUCAGCAAAUAGUUGUGAGAUUGUUAAAGUGAAGUUGCACAAUUGUGACAAUGGAUUUGAUGACAUUGAUGAAACUGAAACAUGUAAAAAUAUGAAAGAGCUCCAAGAGGAACCCACUGAGGAGAAGUCCACUGUGCCACAAGUCUUCAAAAAGAUAUGGGUCAUGGCUUUAUGUGUGACGUGCGUGUUUGCUGUCACACUGUCCGUUUUUCCAGCCGUUACUAUAAAUACAAAACCUUCUGGCUUAUUUGAGGGGAAAGAUAACAUCUUCAUACCUUUGUGCUCAUUCAUUGUCUUCAAUGUGAUGGACUGGAUUGGCAGAAGUCUCACGUCUCGUCUUCAGUGGCCUUCGAAGGAAAGUCGUUUAUUCCCUUUUUUUGUGGUGUUCCGGGUAGUUUUCAUUCCUGCCCUCAUGUUCUGCAACGUUCAACCUCGUUCCUAUCUCAAAGUCUUUUUCAAUCAUGACAUGGCUUACAUCAUCAUUAUGUCUUUGUUUGCCAUGACAAAUGGAUAUUUUGCCUGCCUCUCCAUGAGCUAUGCUCCACAGCUGGUGAGGUCUAAAGAUGCAGAGACAGCAGGGGCUCUGAUGACCUUCUUCCUGGCUUUGGGACUCUCUCUGGGGGCCGCUUUCUCUUUUGGUCUUAAAAUAAUUAUUUAGGGAAGAUCCCACAGGCUGACACUCCUGUUAUCACAUUAUCCCGCCAACAUAUACAUGUUCAAAAUUACUGUUUUGAAGCACUGGUAUACUUUUCUCUUGUUUUUUUUCUUGUUCUCUAGUGUCUGUAUUUUAAAACUUGCAUUUACAUGAAUGUUUUUUUAAGGGAAGUCUUUUAGCUUUAUAAUGUAUAAUUUAGUAUUUUUAAGGGACGUUUUUUACAUUUAACAUGUUUAACAUGUGAAUUAUUGGAUUUGCAAUGGGUUUUGUACAUCAAUUUUUACAUCAAAUGUGUGUUUUUAAAUUUUCGUAUUUAUUUUUAUAGCUAUUUUUCCAUUUUAGGUGCAUCUAUUUUUAUUCAAUAUUUUGUAUGUUUUUUUACUCAGUUUUUAAUAAAAUUGUAAAACAGCAAACACUUCAUGUACAAUCACUUCACCUUCAACUUGUCUGUUGGCACAGAUACCCCACUGAGUAAAACAUGAUUUAACAUGAA